GUUGCAACAUAACUUGGUCAACAUAACCUAAUAUAUUUAAUAUAAAUAUAAUACAAAUUUGUGAAAAAUAUUAGGAAAAUAACAUAAGAAUUUAAGGUUAGGUUAUCGACUAAGAAGUGUUUUUAGGAUUCAAGAAAUCAAAAAUAUUAACAGGUUAAGGACGCGUACCUCGAGGCAUCAAAUCAAUAAGGAAAAAAAAGGAAAUCAUCAUUACUGAAAGGAAUAGCGACAAAUGAUGGAUUCUGAGGAGCAGGAGGACAUUAUCAUUUGCGUGCCCGGACAAAGGUUGUGCAUAGCGAACCAAGUUAGGUUAGCUGGGCUUGGCACGUAUGAGGAACAAGGCUAUAUUUAUUCGAAGCUUGCCGGCGUUGUGCAACUAACAGACGAAAAAACUCACACAAUUACUGUGCGUGGUAUAACAGAGCAAAGUAUUGUUCCUGCACCAGGUGACAUCGUGACAGCUAUGGUCACUGUAGUUAAUCACAGAUUUUGCAAAUGCAGCAUCAAGUGUGUCGGUGACAUAGUAUUGACAAGACCUUACAAAGGAAUCUUAAGGAAGGAAGAUGUUCGAGCGGUUGACAAGGACAGAGUAGAAAUGUACAAGUCGUAUCGACCUGGAGACAUAAUUCUGGCAAGAGUUUUGCCAAUGACAGAAGCACAUACUUAUCAGUUGAGUACUGCAGAAAACGAAUUGGGAGUGGCUAUAGCUCAUAGUGAGGAAGAAAUUCGACAAAUGAUGCAUGGAUUUGGUGACAGUAACGAACCGCUGUUGGAGUCUGCAAAGGUCAUAGAGGACGUCGUGUUACAACAAAUGAAAACAAUUGUUAGAAGAGCAUGCGAAAUUGCCGACAGGCGAGCCAGUUCGAAAAAGAAUAGCGUUAUCAGCGGAGAGGACAUCCUCUUUCUAUUGCGCAAAAACAAGAUGAAACUGCGGCGUCUCAUGAAAUAUCUUGAGCUCAAAGAGUUGGGCUGUUCGGUUCAAAAGAUGAUGACAACCGACGUGCCGCAGAACAUGAUUGUGGAAUCUGACGAGAUAGACGGUACGAAGAAGAAAAUGCCAUUUCAGAGCUUCCUAGAGCAGAUCGACAACACGGGUGAACUUUUUGAGAGCACGUUCGCGGUCGACGAGGUCAAGCAGCGCAGGUGCAUCCGCGCCGACAUCGCGGCGCGGUCCAUGGACGAAGUGCGUUACAUGAAAUUCAGCAAAGCACGUCGCGUUUCCUUUGCGAAUAAAAAUCAGCACAAAUUCAACGAUUGGAUAUGCGUCGGUGGUGAUGUCACACUGUCGAAGCAAGCGUACACGAUCUUGAGUUAUCUCGCGUACGAAACGGUUGCCGAGAUUGUUGAUCUGACUUUCCUCGUCCGGCAAGAUCAAAGUAAAUUGCACGGCGGCGAUGCGAUCGAUCGGCAACGGCUCAGUUAUGUUAAUCCGAUCACGUACAAGCCGUAUUAUCAUAAAAAUGUCUAUGUGGCGAAACCGCUAACGCCUUCCGAGAUAACUGAAGCCCUUAGAAGAUACUGGUCUCCGCAGCUAGAUAUAGCGGGUCCAUUUAAUAGAUGGUCCAUGAGAAGGCCGCAUUUAAAGCUACUUUCAUGUUAGAUGUAAAGAUCUGAGAGGUGAGAGCAUUUCAUAUAUAACAUCAUUCUCUGAAGGAAAAUGCUCAAGUUAUUAUGGGAAAAUUUGUGCUGUAAUGGCAAUAAAUUUGGGAAAUGUGAUAUGUAAGACGUGCAAUCUUAAAAUUGACUUGCUUUUUAUUGACAUUAUCUUGAUUUCUUGUACACGUUCGAUCUUUCUAAUUCUAAUUCUUUACAUGAGACCGCGUUGUCUUUUUCUCGCUCCCGCAUCUUUAAUAUAUUACAAAAUUGAAGAAAAUUGUCAUGUAAUAAUCUCAGAGAUUGCUUGAUUAUCCCGAUAAUUACAGUAUUCUCUGUACAUUUUACAUUUGAUAGUCCCUGAUUGCUCGUUAAAAGACCGUUAUUAUUAUAUUACAAUCGCUACUCUUGUGUAACUAUCGCGAUGUGUCCGCAACCUUGGCAUUCAUUGUACUCUUCAUAAAAUAUAUCGAGAUUUCUCUUUA